AUGAGUUACAAUAACACAACGUAUCUUGAAAUAACGACUCCUGAGAGUUUAAAGACGUUUGAAAAUUUGGAGAACGCCAAAAAUCAUUCUGAAUGGGAACCUCCGCCAUUUGACGUCAGCGUCCCGAACAUUUUGCUUGCAAUAACGCUGACACUCCUUGACGUCAUCACAAUAUUCGGGAACCUUCUAGUUCUUUUGUCUUUUGUUAUAGAGAAACGUCUUCUUCAGCCGUUUAACAUGUUUAUCUUGAAUUUGGCUGUGACGGAUUUUUGUGUCGCUAUAACGGCGAUGACGUUUUAUACGUUAGAUACGUUGCUAGGGUACUGGCCGUUUGGAAAGGUUAUGUGUGGUGUAUGGAUUUAUUUCGACUUUGCAAUGACGUUUGCUUCAGUAUUUACAUUGGUUACGAUUUCUGUUGAUAGAUUUUGGUGUGUAACAUGGGCGAUUCAUUAUAGAAUGCACAACAACAAAAACAAAACAGCGGUAAUCAUUGGUAUUAUAUGGUUGUGUGUAGUUGCAAUAUGGACACCGCCUUUUAUAGGGGAUCGUCUGAAGCACAGCGAGCCUCAUUCCUGCAUCUGGGAACCAUCAAACAACACUGAAUUUGUUAUAUUUGUUGCAGUCAUUGGCCACUAUAUACCGUGUAUAGUCAUGGUUUUCUGCUACAUCAAGGUAUUUAUGGUUAUGCGAAGGCAAUCAUCUAUUGUUGCUGGUAUUGGUGGAGAAAGUGCUGCAUCAACAAUCCGAAUACACGUACAACCCAUGUCUUCACAUAACCAAGGCAUUUCCUCACAUACCUCACAUGUUUAUAUUGGAGACAGUCAUAAUGCCGACAACAUACACGCCAUGGAAUCUUCUAAUGGACGCUAUCUGACCACCAGCAGUAAAGUGGGCAGCCAGAAUUCACCCCCCAUUAGACCACCGCGCCAGGCAGAAAACUAUGUAGCACGCACCACGCAAACAAGAUCGUCAAACAGGACUAACCGUACGUCCCAUAAUCAGCAGCGUGAAAAACGAAUUUUCAUCACGCUAAACCUAAUAUUUUGUUAA